AUUGUACUAACUCUGUUUAUGUAGGAGCUAUCAGGAAGUUUGUGUUACGCCUAUCCUUCCUCCACAUGCACGUGGGACAACUUGUGAUUAUCAAAACGAGGACGAGGACUCUGCUCGCUUCUCUAAUGAGCUGAUGCCAGUGUAUCCUGGUACAAUGAGAUAAGACGUCCGUGAGGAGGUGUAUAUAUGUGUAUAUAUGUGUACGAUUUCACCCCCAGUCGCGUUGUGCGUAUAACGUAGAGUUACUUAAUACGGAGUGAGCCUAUACGCAAUCUACAGUGACACAACACCGUCCACAGUCACGCUAUCAUCUGUCAUACUUCAUACCUGUGACAUAUAUAGUCGUAUAUGUGUGGUACGUGUAUCGCGGUACUGUACUCAUGGCGAUUAACUGCGCACUGACUUGGAGGAUGCUCAGUUGUACAGCCUUGUUAUGUGGUCUAGUUAUUCUACCGGUACUAGGUCACGAUGACGCUACCACGACGCCGGCAAGCGCAGACGCCCAACCGGUGCCUGACUACAUCAAUUAUGGUCUGAUCAGAGAACUUCUGUUCAACAAUUACCAAAAAGAUGUUCGGCCUGCAGUGAACCAUGCCCAGCCAAUGAACAUCGACUUUGAGAUCACCCUGGUCAAGAUGGCCGACUUGAACGAGAUCGCCCACACCAUAUCGAUGUCAUACAUCCUUUAUAAGGGUUGGUUCGAUCCCCGCCUAAAGUGGAAUCAGUCGCAUUUUGGAGGAAUAGAGAAUAUGAGCAUCCCGGUCGACCAGAUAUGGAAGCCGGACGUCUCCUUGUUCAACGUUGCCGACCAGUCCUAUGCACACGUUUAUGGUGGGGAUGCUCUUGUGCGCCAUGAUGGAAAGGUCAUGUGGGUUCCCAUGAUAACCAGUGAGAGUUACUGCUCCUUAAACUUUCUAAAGUUCCCGUUCGACAGCCAGGUGUGCUACCUGAAAUUCGGUUCCUGGAUCUACAGCGCCCAAGAGGUCCGCUUCUCCUUUGUGAGUAAACCCAAUGCAUCAGAAACCGAUGCUGGUGUUUACAUCACUGACGAAGGCAAAGCAGAGAACAAAGAAUGGAAAGUGACAGAAUUUAAACAGCGCCACGAGAUUAUCACGUAUAGCGAGGAUAUUCCGAAGUGGGCGGAAGUGACAGUAACUAUCAGAUUGCGCAGACUCGGCAGAUACUACCAGAGCCUCUACGUGGCUCCGAUUGUUUUGCUUGCCAUCCUAAAUCCUAUUGUUUUCUUACUUCCAGCAGAUGCCACAGAGAAACCCAUCCUGGGUAGCCUGAUUUUACUCGCCAUCUGUACCCUGCUGAUCAACCUACAGACGGUCAUACAGCCGGCACAUGUCACCAUUCCUCGCCUCGUGAUGUUUUACGUCUCCACCUUGGUGCUGACGUCAUUCAGCGUGUUCUCGUCUUCGCUCGUCUGUCAUCUUGCCAGGAAGAACAAAAGACUGCGGGGGGUCCCUGCUUGGUUGUCAUCGAUUUUCUUAGGUCGAUGUGGAUUACGCCGGGUACUCUGUGUGGAGACAUAUAGUCCCGUAAGCCGGUUUGAUGCACUUGUCACCAUGGGCGACGGUGUUCACAUGGAGGGCGAGUCUGCCACGGAAAUGGACGGGCCAGCUCAGAAUCCAUCCCAUAAUGAGCUGCGCGAGAUCCGGAAGUGCCUACAUGCCAUAGCCAGCCGGAUGAACAGUGACGACUCCAUACAGAGUUUGUCACGUGACUGGUACGAGAUCGCGCGAGUUUUGGACCGGAUGCUGUUUAUCAUAUUCUACGUACUGCUGUUUUUAACAGCGAUAGCAUUCCUCUUGUAGAUCCUAGGUUUUCGGAGUUGGGAUUUGUAUAGACACAAACGAACUUCUACUCAGAUGCAUAACCGUUGCCAGGCGUAUAUAUUUGCACACAAUGUAAAUAAGUUCUAAUGUAAUUCAUAGGUCACCAAUAAUUUGAUCAUUAUCAUUACCUUUUCGUUACCAUGACAACAUCUCAUGCAUCUAUAUGUUCGGAUUGUUACAACAUCGGUUGUGAACUUAUGAUCCGGAAAUCCAUUAUUUCUUUACAACGAAAUGUUACCUUAUAUAGCUUUGUAUCUAUUCAGUUCUGAUGCCUCGGCACGCCGAUGUUAUGCGUGUUUCGCGGACACGUUUUUGAGCUUUUUCACCCCUCUGCACGCACUGAUGUAAUGGUGCAUUCAAUUAUGGGACCUAUUUCACAAAGCGCCCUUGGGCUUCAGCCUAAAAUUGUAAUUCAAAUUUAGCUCUUAAAAUGUUUGAUUGCACGCUUUUGUAGUACAGUUGUUUGAUACAAUUGUAAAGAAGACUCGCUGUCAGUCCACCACCGGAAUCCUGGUUGAGGUAACUGUCAGUCCACCAGCGGUAUCUUGACUGAGGGAGCUGUCAGUCCACCAGAGAAGUCCUGUUUGAGGGAGUUGUCAGUCCUCCAGCGCAACCAAGGC